CUCCACCAAAGAGCAAGCUUUUUUUUCUCCCAACUGCCCCUCCAAAGAGGAGAGGAAAAGGACAGGACAGCUGUACCAACCCGCGCGAUAAAAAUCUUCUCGAGGGCAGCAGUCGAGUGCCAACAAUACUACAAAUAUAUGGUGAUCGAUUAUUAGACAGAUAUUCAAUAUUUGUCUGAUUCAAUAUCACAGCCGGCCACUAGCCGAGAACCGUCGUCGUGUCUUCCUUUUCCUCCACCCUUCCAUUCGCUUCUCUGUUUCAAACUCUUCGACCUGUAGCAGCUAGCUCUGCCUUUCUACCUCAUCGCGUGCCUAGUUGCACUGCAAUCCUCAUCUCCACUCGUACCUACGCCAAGCGACGAAAAAUAAUGCCUCCCAAGAAGCAAGUUGUCGAGGAGAAGAUCCUCCUCGGCCGUCCGGGGAACAACUUGAAGAGUGGUAUCGUUGGUCUAGCCAACGUCGGCAAGUCGACACUGUUCCAGGCUAUCACAAAGUGUAGUCUUGGUAACCCUGCCAACUUCCCAUAUGCCACCAUUGACCCAGAGGAAUCUCGUGUCAUUGUUCCAGAUGAGCGCUACGACUGGUUGUGCGAAAAGUACAACCCUAAGUCGCGAGUGCCCGCUCACUUGACCAUCUAUGAUAUUGCUGGUCUAACGAGAGGUGCCUCGACUGGUGCCGGUCUUGGCAACGCCUUCUUAUCACAUAUUCGAGCUGUCGAUGCCAUUUUCCAAGUUGUCCGAUGUUUCGACGAUGCGGAGAUCAUUCACGUCGAGGGUGAUGUCAACCCCGUCCGAGAUCUGGAUAUCAUCGCGGAGGAACUCCGAUUAAAGGAUAUCGAAUUUGUCGAAAAGGCCCUAGAGAACUCCAAGAAGAAGACCCGUUUGGGUGGACAGAGUUUGGAGUUGAAGAAGGCGAAAGAGGACGAGGCAACCAUAGAAAAGGUUCUCGCUUGGCUAAAGGACGGAAAGGAUGUCCGAAAGGGCACAUGGUCUCCAAAAGAGGUCGAAGUCAUCAAUACCCUCUUCCUUCUUUCAGCGAAGCCUGUGGUGUACCUAGUCAAUCUCUCGGAGAAGGACUACACUCGCAAGAAGAACAAGCAUCUUUCUAAGAUUGCCGAGUGGAUGAAGGAGCAUGCGGCGGGCGACCCCAUCCUACCCAUCUCCAUAUGCUUUGAGGAGCGUCUUACUCACUUCGGUAGCGAUGCCGAAGUUGCUGAGGAGUGCAAGAACCUCGGUAUUGAAUCUGCACUGCCUAAGAUCAUCACGACGAUGCGAAAGGCAUUGAACCUUGCCAGCUUCUUCACAACCGGUACUGAUGAGGUAAGGCAAUGGACUAUUCGUGUUGGCACCAAGGCACCCCAGGCUGCUGGUGUCAUCCACACAGACUUUGAAAAGACGUUCAUCCAGGCUGUAGUCUACAACUUCAACGUCAUCAAGGAACUAGGUGACGAAUCUGAAGUUAAGUCGAAGGGUAAGAUUAUGACUAAGGGCAAGGAAUACGUAGUAGAGGAUGGCGAUAUCUUGCUAAUCAAGGCCGGUGCUGCCAAGGGUUAAAGAGCGAAUUUAGAUGGAUCUGAUAAGCUUAGCAUUCACACAGCCAUUACGCAGGAUUAAAUAAAAAUAUUACGAAUAAAAA